GUACGCUAGUGUGCGUAACGUUGAGUCGUAGAGCUUUCUGGCCAUUUCCUGCCAUUUCUAUUUUUGAUGUGAUACUGUGAAGAGUUCGCUAAACUAAAAAUGGGUUUUCAAAAUAUUUGGUACUCGCAUCCGAGAAAAUAUGGACAAGGAUCUAGAUCCUGUCGUGCUUGUGCCAACAGGCACGGAUUAAUAAGGAAGUAUGGACUUAAUAUUUGUCGGCAAUGUUUCCGAGAAUAUGCUGCCGAUAUUGGCUUUAAAAAGCUCGAUUAACACAUGAGGACAAUGAAAUAGCUAUAACGUUAAAUUGGAUAACAUUUAUAUCCAUCUUUAUUAAUAUAUGAGAUACAAUAAAAUUAAUUUUUUCUACUAAA